AUUCAUUUGUAGUCUGCUACAAUGUUUUUGAACAAUCACAACAAUGGAAUAGAUUGUCAAAAUGCCUUCCUGUUGCGUUGCUUACUGUCAAAGUGAUUCUAGAUGUAAUACCAGCCUUGUUUCAUUCUUUGGAGUACCUAAGGAUCCGUCUUUAUUUGAAGAAUGGAAAAGGGUUAUUCCCAUCAAAAGAAAAGCUCUCAAUCCAAAGUCACUUGUCUGUCAACUCCACUUCCAAGAACAAUGUAUCAAGAAAACCAACAGGAAACACGGCCCUAGGCGUUUAAAGACUGGUUCCAUUCCAACAUUGCGCCUUACACCUGAAUCUAAUCAUUCCCAUCAUGACACUGAAAAUCAAGCGAGCUUGUCGAUGGUCUUCUCAGUACCUGGCGGAUUGAUUGUAUUGAAGCAGAAGAAUACAAGCAAUGACGAAAACAGAUCUCUGUUCAUGGAUCAGUUGAAACUGCCUGGGGAAUCUUGGCGAUCUGUGAAACAAGUGAAUGACCAACAGCAUUCAGUCCUAAUCUGUUACGAAACUAUUAUUGUUAGCUUGGAACCGGUCGUCAGGAAAACGGCACUGAUUAACUUCGAGACGAAAGAGAUCGAGUACAAAGUGUUCCAGAGAAAAUGUCCACCAUUAUAAAUACUUUUCUUUUCACAACAUUUUCAUCAUCUGCACAAUUGGAAAGUAGUCUCCAGUAUUUCGACUGUGUCAGGACGUGUCCAGGAAUUACCGAUGAAAAGUUUCACGAAUUAAAGGAGUUCAUUUUCCCAUUUGAAUUUUUCGAGAAAGGAACCUGGAGAUCUGACUCCUGUUUGCAGUUAGUUGCUGCAGUCAAACAAAAAACGGAGGAUGACCUUCUUAAAAGUGCCUGCUCAAAAUGUAAUAAAAUGCUGAGGACAACUCUACAGCCGCAUCUUGACAAGACCAAGCAAAGUCCAGCUAAUGUUUUCAAAAAACAAUAUUUGCCAAGGGAGGCUCUACUCGCGAAAUUGACGGACCUCCAGAAACAAAACCGGACGUUGGAAUUGGCACUGAAACGUCAGGAAGAGCCUGAAAUGGUCAUGGCGGAUGUUUUAGAAGUGGAAAUGUUUCAACCGAUCGAUAACGACGAAGAAGUCACCGAGGAAAGGCCACCUGGAAAUAAGAAGAUGAAAUACUCGAGAAAGAAGUCAGAUUAAUAAAUUGGUUUUCACCAAACUGUUGAUUUUGCCGCUCGUUAGCGAGAAAACUCCUGCUUUUGAACCUACACCUCCACAUUGUUUGUAGUCGACGGAGUUGUAGGUUCAAAAGCAGUUUUCUCGCUUUCUUCAAAAAUAAUUCAUAAUUCAUACAGUACCAGUUUGUCCAGAAACGCGAGAUAACAGGUAAAAGUAUACAAAUAGGCAGUAAUAAAUCUUCUAAAAAAAAUGCAGUAAAGAAAAUGUUACGUGAAAAAAUUAGGUUUUAAAAUUUCUUACCAUUUUUCCCAUGUUGCUUUCAACGAAGUUCGGUUAGAACUAGAGCUUAUGGGAAAUAUUUGUUACUCUUAUAUUUAAAAACACUACCAUCAGACUUAUAAAUCAACCAAUGGCAAAACAACACAUCAGUGAUUCACAUAGCCGAUGCUACUUUUCCCAAUAGAGGCGGUAAUUUUGUUAAGCCAAUUACGGAGAAACACGUUAAUAAAAAACUAUGCUACCUGAUCUUUUGACUCCACCCCACACCUGUGCAACGUAAUCAGUACAGUAAUCGGAUCAAAUUACGCUUAAAGUCCCAAUGCUAAAAAAAUCUUGUUUGCUUAUUUUGGGUUUGUUAUAUGAUAACUGACGUUUUUCAUAGGCACGCGUCACUGUUUAUGCUUCUUUGUAGCUUUUUUCCGCUCGUUUCCACAUUUUUCUUCAUUUCUUUAUGACUCACCACCCACACAAUUGCCAAACAAUCGCCUGUAAUACGAAAGAGAAUCCC